GGCGGAGCGACGAGAAGGAACGGUGGCGCAAUUAAAUAUGAACUGUGGCUGAACUAAUUAACCCGAACAUUGUGAGACGAGGCCAAAACGGGGUCGAAUAUAAAAGGGAUAAUGAAAACACAGUUUUACCAGAAGAGCAAGUAACACAGACAGCAUCCUUGAAUCUCAGAGCUUCAUCACCCGGUGAUCACCAUUGGUGUUUUUUUUUUACCAUGGUCUGGUGCACGUUAUUCACCACUUUCCUUUGCACUCUGUUGCUCCCACUUUUGCUGUUUUUAGUUGCCGUUAAACUCUGGGAAAUGUAUAUCAUUACCGGACGUGAUCACAGCUGCAAGAGCCCCCUUCCUCCCGGUACUAUGGGGUUGCCCUUCCUUGGAGAGACACUCCACAUGGUGCUCCAGAGAAGGAAAUUCCUACAAAAGAAGCGCGAGAAAUACGGAUAUAUCUACAAAACACACCUCUUUGGCAGCCCCACGGUGCGGGUGAUGGGUGCGGAGAAUGUAAGGCAAAUUCUGCUGGCGGAGCACAGGUUGGUCACUGUCAAGUGGCCCGUGUCUGUCAGGACCAUUCUGGGGUCGGACACCCUCUCCAAUGUGCACGGGACGCAACACAGAAACAAGAGAAAGACGAUUAUGAAGGCGUUUUCUCACGAGGCUCUCGAGCAGUACAUCCCCGUGGUGCAGGACGAGGUGAGGCGCGCAAUCGAGCGCUGGCUGCUAGGCGGCUCAUGCGUGCUCGUGUACCUGGAGACGAAGCGCCUCAUGUUCCGCAUCGCAAUGAGGGUCCUGCUCGGCUUCGAGGCCGAGCAGAUCAGCAGGGACGAGCACGAGUUGGUGGAAGCCUUCGAGGAGAUGAUCAAGAACCUGUUUUCCCUUCCGAUCGACGUCCCGUUCAGCGGUCUCUACAGGGGCUUACGCGCUCGCAAUUUCAUCCAUGCAAAAAUCGAGGAAAACAUAAAAACGAAGCUUCAGCAUGCCGAUGAUGAUGACCGCAAUCCCAAAGAUGCGCUUCAGCUUCUCAUUGACAGUUCCAGGAGAAACGAGGAGCGAUUCACUAUGCAGGAGUUGAAAGAGUCUGCGACGGAGCUGCUGUUCGGCGGGCACGAGACCACCGCAAGCACGGCCACCUCCCUCGUGAUGUUCCUCGCUCUCCAUCUGGACGCGCUACGAAACGUGAGAGAGGAGCUUCGCGAGAAGCAAUUGCUGGGCACGCGCUCUGAAGACAAACCCCUGACCAUGCGGAUCCUGGAGCAGCUCAAGUACUCUGGUUGUGUCAUCAAGGAGACCCUCCGUAUGAACUCCCCGGUCCCCGGCGGGUUCCGUGUAGCUCUCAAGACCUUUGAACUCAACGGUUACCAGAUUCCAAAAGGGUGGAACGUUAUUUACAGCAUUUGUGACACGCAUGACGUUGCAGACGUGUUCCCAGACAAAGAGGAGUUCCUUCCAGAACGUUUCAUGGCCAGAGCUGCUGAAGAAUCCCUAAGGUUCAACUAUAUCCCUUUCGGAGGCGGACCCAGGAGAUGUGUGGGCAAGGAGUUUGCAAAGGUCCUUCUUAAGAUAUUUUUAGUGGAGUUGACCACAAAAUGCAACUGGACACUUCUGAAUGGACCCCCCAUAAUGAAAACAGGCCCUACAGUGUAUCCAGUGGAUAAUCUGCCCACAAAGUUCAGCAGUUACUUUGACAACGAACCCAUUCACACUUAAUAGACCACUUGUCAUAAUCUGUACAUAUGCCAUAAAUAUCUAGGUUGUUUUAUAUGGACUGAUCCAUGGUGUGUAUAUCUAAUAUAUGUAUAAGUACAGCAUGAAGAAAAUAGAUAUUUAUAAAUGCAGACACUGUGUAAACUUAUUGAAGCACUCUGGGUAAUACUAUCAUCCUUUUGUACACAUAAAACUGCACACUGCUUCUCACUGGAUGUUAAAGUAAAAUGAAAACUGAACUGAAAAAACUAAAA